GCGACCUGUCCUUUCAUCAACUUUCAAACUGAAAGCAAUAUAAUUUUAAAAUUUUGUGUCAUGUCGUAAAGCAAAUUUAAACGGAAGCAUUGUAAAAUUGAUUGAAAACUCGCAUCGUUUCAAAGGAAGAAAUGCCAAAUUGCGGCGGUAGGACAGACAGAUCGCAGGGACCACACUGUCGCAAUGUAAGUGCCUCGCGAAAGGCAUUGGAAGCUUCCGGGCCGGAUUCUCACCGAUCAAUGCAGAUAAAUAGCGAGAUUGGGGAGCAGCUGCUGCUAACAUUAGUCCAGACCCUACCCUCAUGUGUCAUGGACGCUGCUCGGUCUCGAACCUUUAGCCAGUCUGCACUCCCCAAACGGUCCCGCUCAAAUAUUUGCCGACCUCUCAAGGCGCCAGCGACGACGUCGUAUAUAUUGCAGGCGGGAUUGCCGGUUAGGCAAGUUUCUGGCCGAGAUCGAACGAUUAACAAGGGCGUGGAGCAGGUUACAAAGUUCUCAGUGGGUGCUUUCUUAAGGCGGCGCAGGGAGUCCGCAAAGGCCAAGGCAAAGGCCAGAGAUGAGGAAUACGAAAAGGUCCCAAAGGUAAAUAAAAGUAAAGAAUUCGCGAUGGCCCAGGUCAAGGCCAGAGAAGAGGAAUACGAAAGGAUACCAAGGGUAAAGGGAGGUACAAGGCCAAGAGACACUCCUGCCCUGGGGAGCAGCCAGGAAGCAUCACUUCAUAGCAUCCAAGAUACUUCACAAAAUAGAUCAAAGAAGCCCCAAAAGAACAGCCCCGAAUUAUCACAUACCAACCAAGAUAAUCCACAGGGUAGGCCAAAGAGAUCCCCGAAGAGCAGCCAGGAAACAUCACAUCAAAGCAUCCAGGAUAUUCCACAAGGUAGCCCAAAGAAAACCCAAAAAAGCAACCAAGAAUCAUCAAAUGAUAGCAUUCAAGACGUUCAACAAGGUAGCCCGAAGACAUCGGAGAAGAUAAGACCAAAGACGUCAGAGAAGGGCCGCCGGAAUUCCCAGAGCAGCCCUAGAUCCCAAAACAGCCCGAGGUCCCAGAACAGCCCGAGGUCCCCGAGUGGCAGCUACGAAAUAACCAUUCAUAAUUCCCAGGAUAUUUUAAAAAAUAAUGGCCAUAAGAGCUCCAAGAAGAACAGCCGGGAUAUUUCCGCAGAAAAUAGCCUACAAGGUAUGUCACAGAUCAGAAUCAUUGAAAUAUCGAAUCUAGCCAAUAAAAGUGGCCAAAAGGGCUCCAGGAAGGGCAGCCUGGAUGAGUUCCCAGAAAGUAUAGAACAGAAGAGCAUCGGCUCGGAUAUUUCUCUAAAAAGUAGUCAGCAAAGUAUCUCACAAAAAGGCAGCAAUGAAAUGUCAAAUAAAUGCUCUCAGGGUUCUUUAGAGGAGGAGCCGAAGGAAUUAUGUGCACCAAUUGAACCAAAAAACCCCAUCAUGGAGCAGUCUAUGCAAACAGACGAGAAGGUCUUUCCCUGCUUUCGUGGGGAAUAUCCAACCCGAAGAUGUAAGGGCUCGUAUAUGUGGUUCCAGCCCGGCGUUUCCAACUGUGGCAAAUUUGUGGCCAUUUGCAAUAGAGAGCAGCAAGGGUUGCAUCCAGCGGAGAUCGUCACUGCCUGCGAGGUGACCGAGUCCCACUUCCUGGCAGUAGACGACAACAAUGGCAAUGACCCCCCAACUAGUGAUCCAUGCAAUAAGUGCAGACAGGUUAUGUAUGGAUAUCCACUGCAGCAGCAACAACAGCAGCCGCAGCAGCAACAGCAACAGCAGCAACAGCAUCCACAGAUGCAGCAGCAGCAACAGAAUCCACAUAUGCAGCAGCAGCAACAGCAACAGGAUAUGAACUGGGUCGGUUCCUAUAGGCAACAACAAUAUCCCUGCAGACAGCCACAAGUUCCCUGCAGGCAACAGCAGCAAGUUCCUUGCAGACAACAGCAACUUCCCUGCAGACAGCAACAAGCUCCCUACAUGCAACAGCAACUUCCUAGUAUGCAAUAUUCACCUUCUCGUUUAAACCAUCAACAAUCUCACAUGCAACAGCCAUCGUCCCUUGGGCAACAUCAAUCACCCUUUGGGACACCUCCACGGACUUGUAUAAAACGACCGAGCUGCCGACAGAAUCCGCCCCACAAAGUAUGCUGGAAGUGUCCAAGUCGACAGCAAUUUCCACAGCAAACGCAUAUGCAAACAACGCCACAGCCACAACAACAACAGGCACAGCCGGCCAUCCAGAAUAACAACUGUGGCCUGAACGAGAUGCUGGCCGAGGAGCUGAAGCAGCAAAUGCAGGAGGCCCAGGCCCAGAUUGCUAAGGUGCAGCUUCAGCUGAAUAGCGCCUGCGGGUGUGCUCCCAGCAAUUGUCCUGGCUACACGCCAAACAUAUGUGCACAGUUCAUGAAUAACAUGGCCGUGGAACAGAAUGUUUCCGAAAAUAACAACAGAGAGGGCCGGGAAGAACCAUCAGAGCAACAGCAGGAGCAGAAGUCCCUUGGAUCUAAUCAAACAAGAGUGGAUUCGGGUCAACAGACGGCUCAGUUCGGUUUCCGUCCAGCGCCGGUGUCCCUGCCAAAUCAAAGUUCAUGCUACCAGGAACAGGCCAUGCCAUUACACAUGCCUAUGACUUUCUCUUGUCAGCAAUUGCCUCCUUGCCAGCAGCAAGUUCCCCCAUGCCAGCGAAAUGUUCCUCCAUGUCAACAAGAGUAUCAACAAAUGUCACCUUGCCAGCAGCAACAGUUUCCUUACCAGCAGCAACCACAUCCUUCCCAGCAGCCAUGCUAUAAGCCUCCUUCCCAGCAACAACAGUCAUCGUAUCCCUGCCAGCCGAAUCAGUUACCGAGUUCGUCGCAGCAGAAUAUGUUUCCAUAUUCCUCCCGCUGUCCCAGUUGGUACCUUCCGCGAUUUGCCCAGAUGCGGUUCAUGAUGCCGCGUUGCUGGCCCCGUUGAACUCGUACCGAAAUUCGUAGCCUAGCUUACCAUGAACAGUCAGGACGCCUGUCCAGGGUAAGAUAUCCUACGAAUGGAGAGUAAGAUAUAUCAAGCUCUUUUUAAUUGUGCAAUUCUUCCGUUUAAAAUUGAGGCUUAUCAGGAACGAACGAACCUUCCCAUUAAUAAAGUUGUUAUUUGAUUUA